ACUCGCCCCUGCUUUAGAAUAAUUAUGUUAAACAGUUGUUGAGGUUAUCAGGAAUUCAGCAGAAAUACGCUAAGGGAAAACGGUGUUAAAUCGCAAAAAUAAGCAAAUAUGUUGAAAUUGCUGGCAGUUUGUUUAUUUGCCUCUGUGAUUGCUAACUGGAAUAAGAAUCAAGUACAAGCAAACGAAGAAUUGUCUGCCAAAGAAAGUCGCCUUCUGAAGUUGUUAGAGGGAGAAUUAGAAGAGAUCAAGAGGGGUUUUGAUCGAUGCGUUUCGGAUACAUGUGAUGAUGAUUGUCGGGCUGAAUGCUGCCUUGAUAGUUGCAAUGACAUUACCUGUUUUCGUGCAUGCUUCUAUGAUGAUGGAUAUGCGAUGCCAGUUGAAGAUAUCAGAGUAUCAAAUAGUAAAGCUGCCAGAAAGAUACGAUGGUUUGAAAAACGAGGCUAAGAGAAUGUAGUGCAUAAGCUGAGGAGGGAUAAAGAACAUUUUGCCUGACUGCUUGUAAACCAUAUUAUUUUCUUUGCUUUAACACUCGCAGUUAUACGACAGUUAAACAGUGCGUAUCUAUAUAGAUACGCAAAGUAUGAUUUCAAUUGUUUUAUUUGUACAAUUUGUACCAGCAGUUAUAUCUUCGUUAUUUAACUUAUUAAAUGUCAAUUUCUAUAUACCGUUUUGUUUCAGAUUUUGUAUAAUUAAUUUUUCUAUUUCUUUUGCAAC